AUGAGUGAUCCAAUUAAAAUCAACUUGCCGCAAGGCCUCGAGCUGCACCAUAUCGACAAUACCCAAACCUUGGAACAUUGGACACCUUCUCUCACCAAGCUCCUCCAAUCUUGCGUCAAUGAUGACCCUCCUUCAUCAUCACUCGGUUUCCAUGCACCUCUCUCUACCAAAGGUGCCACAGAAUUCUGGCUUUCUCUUUCGCCUCAGAUAUUUGGCCCCAAAUCGCGAAUUAGCCUCUUCAUUCUCGCUCGAGGCCCAUCCGCAAUCGGCACAGUCCAUCUAGUGUCCCAUCCCAAAGCAACACACGCGCACAAAGUCGAAGUCGCCAAAUUAUUGGUUUCGUCUGAAGAGAGAGGUCUCGGGCUAGGAAGGAAACUGAUGGAGAUUUCUGAGAGGUUUGCCAUGGAGAAGUUGGGCAAGAGUAUGGUUAUACUGGAUACUGCGACAGAAACACCGGCGAGGGGAUUUUAUUUGAAACUUGGUUAUACGGAAUGGGGAAUAUGUCCUAGUUAUGCUGAGAGUGCAGAUGGGCACUUGCAUGAUUGUUCAUUCUUCUACAAGAUUCUGGAUAGUUAG